AUGCUUCCUUUUUUCAUGUUCUUGCUGACGAUUGUCAGUCCCUGUAUCUCAUGGUUGGGGAGCCAGCGCAAGCUGAGGGGAUAUGCGGUGACUUUCAUCGACAACCACGACACGGGCAGCACCCAAAGACACUGGCCCUUUCCUGACGACAAGGUGAUGAUGGGCUAUGCCUACAUCUUGACACAUCCAGGAAUUCCGUCAGUGUUCUGGGACCACAUCAUGGACUGGGGUGACGAGCAUCGCAAGAAAAUUGCAUCAUUGCUCAAGGCUCGACGAGAUUCAGGCAUUCCUGUGGAUGCCCCGGUAAACAUUCAGUGCGCCGACGAUACCUUGUACUUGGCCGAGAUCGGCCAGCCACCAGCGUUGCGCGUAGCACUUGGCCCGCGUCCAGCCGGCCAGCCAGACAUGAACUACUGGUCUCACGGACCGAAUGGCCAUGGCUACCGUGUGUGGGUGAAGAGGACUGCAACACCACAGGUCUACACGUCUCUUGGUCCGACUCCAGAGGCCACGCCCCUGGCGUCGCGUGCGAACUCCCCGCGCUCCAAGAAGAGUGAGGAGGGCCUGCGGGUCGGCACGGAAGCGCUGACGGCAGAGACUUUGAAGCUGAUGGAUUCCUGUCAGCUGCGAAAGCUUCGUGAUCGUCUCCAGGCCAUGCUUCAAGCCACGGAGACCGCCUUGGAGAUGAAAAGGCGCUAG